AUGUCUCCCGUCACAUUGUUCACCGGGCUGCUGGCUACAGCCAGCCUCUUAAUCCCUGGCACCCUUGCCGCAGAAGCUAGCGACAUGGGAGCAGCUGCGUUCAUGUGGCCGCCAGACCGUGCCUGGGGCGCGGCGCAGGACCGAACAGCGCCCUGUGGCUCGUCAGCGGGAGUCACCAACCGCACCGAGUUCCCCCUCACCAACGGCGCCGUCGCGCUAGUAAUCCAGACAGAAUCCUACUCAGUCAACCUCGCGAUCUCCUACGACAACGACCCCACAAGCAACUCAGACUUCACGACCAUCGUCUCAAGCAGCAACUUCCCGGACGUCGAACCAGGCCACGAAUGCUACUCGGUGCCCAACCCGCCCUCGACCGUGACCUCAGGCUCCAACGCCACCCUGCAGCUGAAAUACGUCUCUGACUUCGACAACGACGGCAACGAGACCUACUACGCCUGCGCGGAUAUCACCUACGUCCCGCUCUCCUCCUUCGAUACCUCCAUUCCCUGCUUCAAUGUCUCGGAGGCUACGUCCAGUGAUUCUUCGUCGUCCUCGUCGUCGACGUCGUCCUCGUCCUCGUCUUCGACUUCGACCGCAUCAACAAAUACAAAUACAUCCUCAAGCGGAGGCCUCUCAAAGGGCGCCAUCGCAGGCGUCGUAGUCGGGACCGUCGUCGGUGCAGCGCUGGUGGGCGUCGCGGCUUUCAUCGCGGGACGGUACUGGCAGAAGAAGGCGCAGCGGGAGCACGCCGUCGCGAUGAAUAUGAUGAAUCCGGUGCAGAAGACGUGGUCGGCUUCUACGGCUGGACGGCAGGGUCAGGGGCAGACUGCUUGA